AUGGCAAAGGCGGAGCUUCCGGCGCGCCCGACGGCCAUUGUGCGUGAGAAUGGCCUGCGGCACCGCUCCAAAGCGCGUGGUCUGCUGAACACGUCGAAUCUGCCUGCGCUGCAGAACCUGCUGAAGCGCGAGCCCUCGGCGUAUACCGAAGAGUUCCUCGCACAGUGGAACCACUACGAGAGUCUGCGCCGCAUCUACGCCUCUGGCAUCGGCCAGCAGGUCGAAGGCGCGAACGAUGCAGGUGUGCGCACGCUGCGCAUGUCUAAGGACCAGCAGGAGCAGUUUGAGCAGCUGCUGACCUUUGUCACGCAGCUCGCGCCAUCCUACCCCAAGAUCACCGAGCCGCUGCCCGAGCACCUUUCCGAGCUGCUCCUCGCGCACCAUGCGAACCUGAGCCCCGAUAUCCGCCGCGCAUGUUUCCGCGCGCUGACAAUGCUGCGCAACCGCGAGAUGAUUACGAGCGAAGUCCUGCUCCGCAUCCUCUUUCCUCUGCUGAGUUUGAGCAACUCGUCGGAGCUGCGCAAGUCGAUUCUUCAUACCAUUGUCCAGGACCUGAAGCAGGCGAAUCGCGCGUCGAGCAACGUGCGUCUCAACCGCAUGGUCCAGGGGCUGCUCUUUGGCAUGGUCGAGCGGGGCAUGGACGAGGACGGGCCGGUGGUCCUGCGCAAGGCCGACACGGAGCUUGCAGGGCGUACCGAGGCGCUGUGGGCCGUGCGUGUCGCGGCAGAAAUGUGGCGCCGCCGCAUCUGGACCGACGACCGGACCGUGUCGCUGCUGGCGAUGGCCUGCACGCACCCCCACCCCAAGGUGCAGGCGUCGGCGGUGCGCUUCUUCCUCGGCGAUCUGCACGCCGCCGAGAGCGCCGCGGCGGAUAGCAGCGACGAGAGCGAGCAAGAGGCUGAAGAGCCGGACGUGCGCCGCAUGCAGCACCAGCGCAAGGUCGGCCGCAAGUCGAAAGCGGGCGAGCGCCGCCUGAAGCUUGCGCAGGCCCAGGCGCGCCGCCGCCGGAAGGAAAAGUCGGAGAAGGCGCUCGAGAAGCAGGACCAGGAGACGAGCAACAUGGCCGCCGUGCACCUCCUGCACGAUCCGCAGACAUUUGCCGAGCGUCUCUAUGAGAAUCUGAGCAAGGGCGACAAGCGCCACUCGCUCGAGAUGAAGGUGCGCAUCAUCCAGCUCCUGAGCCGCGUCAUCGGCACGCACCGCCUCGUGGUGCUGUCGUUCUACUCGUACCUCGCCAAGUACCUGAUGCCCCACCAGCUGCACAUUACGCUCAUCCUCGUGUCGCUCGCGCAGUCCGUGCACGACCAGACGCCGACGGACGUGCUGACGCCGGCGAUCCGCAAGAUUGCCUAUGCGUUUGUGCACCCUGGUGUCGGCGCCGAGGUCGUCGCGGCGGGUAUCAAUACGAUCCGCGAAGUGUGCCGCCGCCAGCCGUGGUGCAUGGAAGAGGACCUGCUCCAGGAUUUGGUCGACUACCGCAAGUCGAAGGACAAGGGCGUGAGCGCCGCCUCGCGCGGUCUCAUGCAGCUCUACCGCGAGGUGAACCCGGGGAUGCUGCGCCGUGCGGACCGCGGCAAGUCGGGUGCGAUUGCGAUGGCCGAAGGCAAAGGGCCGCAGCAGUUUGGCACCGACCGCCGCGAGGUGCGUGGCAUCCAGGGCCUCGACCUCCUCGAGCAGCACCUCGAGGAGAAGAAGCAGGCCGGCGAGGAAGACAACGAGGACUGGGACGGCUGGGAGCUCGAGAGCGCGUCCGACUCGGACUCGGACUCGUCCGGCGGCUGGAUCAAGGUCAGCUCCGACGAGGAGGAGGACGGGCACUUUGAGGUGGACCGCAGCGACCUCGACCUCAGCGACGACGACAAGGAUGAAACGAAGGACGACCAAGAGAAGGAUACGCGGCCGAUCCACGAGCGCGUGCGCGAGGCGCGCCUGCGCCGGCGUGCGGAGCGCAAGGAAAAGGCCGAGCGCGGCGACGAGAGUAGCGACGAGGAGGAGGACGAGGCGCCCGCGCCGGAGCCUGCCGAAGAAAAGAUCUCGGAGCUCGCCACGACCAAGAUCCUUACGCCCGCCGACUUUGCCAAGCUCAACGAGCUGCGUCUGCAGCGUGCCGAAGAGGCCGCCAAGGCCACCGGCGCCGCCGGCGCCGCCGCGCGCCGCGAGCUCGCCGCCCUGCAGCUGACCAAGAAGCGCGCAUCGAACAUGGGCGGCAACGAGGUGGUGGACGAGAGCGAUAUCCUGGGGCCGCGCAAGAAGGCCAAGGCGGACUACGAGGAGCGUAUGAAGAGCAUCCAGAGCGGCCGCGAGGACCGCGACAAGUUUGGGAGCCGCAAGGGCAAGAAGAACAAGGAAGAGUACAGCUCCACCACAAACCGCCAGAAAGCCCGCGGAAAGAACUUCCAGAUGGUGGCCAAGAGCUGGAGCGUGCGCAGCAAGAAGAACGCGUCGCUGCGCGAAAAGAGCAAGCGCCUGCGCAAGCACAUUACCAACGCCAAGAAGCGCAUCAAGUAG